AUGAGCCCAGAGAGUGGAGAAAGUCCAGGUAAAGUCAUAGGCGCUCUGGACGUGCUGAAUGUGCAGAUUAGUGCGAAAAAAUGCGCCUUAGCGCUGCCGGGAGGCGCAGGGAUGGAGGCGGCUCUGCGCCCGCUGUGCAAAGUGCAGAAGCCGGCGCCAGGUGAGCCUGCCCUUCCAUUCCAGCCUGCUGCUUCUGCAGCUCCUGCUGCAGCUGCUUUCAGUAUCCAGAGGGGCACUGGGAUCGCUGGCUUUGGAAAGGAAGCGCCUUCCCCAUCCCGUCCCACUGCCACAGCGCCCCCGCAGGCGCGGGGGAACAAUGGCAGCCCUGCCCGGCCGGGAGCCAGCAGCGCCCCUGGCGGCUGUGAGCGGAACUGCUCCGAGGGGAAAGCGCCUGCGGCCGGGAGACGCUGGGACUGGGUAGAGAGGAUUGUAGACAAAAGGAAGAACAAGAAGGGCAAAUGGGAAUAUCUCAUCAGGUGGAAAGGCUAUGGGAGCAAUGAAGACACCUGGGAACCUGAACAUCACCUACUCCAUUGUGAGGAAUUUAUUGAUGAGUUCAACAGACUACACAUUACCAGAGAAAAGCGAUCCCGGCACGGGAAACAGGCCAGCGUGCCAAAAUUAUUGCGGGAAAGCCGAGGGUCAUCUGUUGAGAAAAUAUCACAUAGACCUUCUGAAUCUGGGAAGUCUAAAGGAUCAACACACAAAAGGAAGAGAAUUAAUCCAUCUCAUCAAAAACAGAAACGAGGAUAUGCAGCAAAGCCAGGAUCUGCAAAUGACAGAGCUGCUAAAACUGUGACUUACCGAACUACUCCCAGCGGUUUACAGAUCAUGCCACUGAAAAAGCCACAUAAUGGUCUGCAGAACGGAGAUGGCAGCCAUGAGAAAGAUUCUAGACAUUUUGGGAAUGGCUCACAGCAGCAAAACAUGGAUUUAAAUGAUCACGAAGAACAAAACUUGCCCAGCGUGUUAGAAGUCAGUAACAAUUCCCCUGUUGUGAAUGGAAUUGGUUCUUCUCUGGCCAAUGGAAGCUUGAACCUACACAGCACUGUGAAAAGGAAACUUGAUGGAGAGAAAGAUUAUGUCUUUGAUAAGAGACUGAGAUACAGCGUGCGACAAAAUGAAAGUAACUGCCGCUUCAGGGACAUCGUGGUCCGGAAAGAAGAUGGUUUCACACAUAUUUUGCUGUCAAGUCAGACUUCAGAGAACAAUGCACUGACCCCAGAGAUCAUGAAGGAAGUUCGGAGAGCAUUGUGCAAUGCAUCAGCUGAUGACAGUAAACUCUUACUUCUCAGCGCAGUGGGAAGUGUAUUCUGUAGUGGCCUAGAUUACUCAUAUUUAAUUGGCAGGUUAUCCAAUGACAGAAGAAAGGAAAGCACUAGGAUUGCAGAAGCUAUAAGGGAUUUUGUAAAAGCUUUUAUUCAAUUUAAGAAGCCAAUUGUGGUUGCUAUCAACGGCCCUGCUCUGGGGUUAGGAGCAUCUAUUUUACCACUCUGUGAUAUCGUUUGGGCAAGUGAGAAGGCUUGGUUUCAGACACCAUAUGCAACAAUCCGACUCACUCCAGCUGGCUGCUCAUCAUAUACAUUCCCACAAAUUCUGGGUGUUGCACUGGCAAAUGAAAUGUUGUUCUGUGGGAGAAAGCUGACAGCACAGGAAGCCUGCAGCAGAGGACUGGUGUCACAAGUAUUUUGGCCAACAACAUUUAGCCAAGAAGUGAUGCUACGAGUGAAAGAAAUGGCAUCCUGCAGUGCAGUGGUAUUGGAAGAGUCCAAAUGUCUCGUGCGGAGUUUCCUGAAAUCCGGACUUGAAGAUGUGAAUGAGAAAGAGUGUCAGAUGUUAAAACAGCUGUGGAGUUCUUCCAAAGGACUGGAUUCAUUAUUCAGCUACUUGCAAGACAAAAUUUAUGAAGUCUGAUAUCUUGGCCUAACUCAAAGAGAAAUUGCUCCAGUUGUGACCAGAGUCAGACAUGACCAUGUUUGAGAAGCAGAGGCAAUGCAUCAGUGAGGAAUUUGUGACAGUGAUCCCUAUGCCUGUGGCUGUGUGAGCUGCACAGCUGCUUGUAGCCGGUUUGAUUUUGUGUAACCAAGACAUGGGCAGGCGUUCAGUGCACGUAACCUGUGCAGGGGCUGCAUCUUUCACAUUGCUCAUCCACAUCCAACUCGACAUUCCACGUGCUGAGAAGCACCACUGAGGCCCAGCAAGGCUCACCCACCUGUAAGGGUUUAUUUUAUCUGUCCUUCUUAACUUAUUCUUGCUGUUGCAGCACAUCUAGGCUGAC